CGAUUCGACCUUCUACGAUCCAACGGGGAAUCGAUUCUUUGCCACCGUCAGCAUGGUGAGAUUCGGUCUUCAGCUGCAGGCCACCUUGGAGAACCUGACGGGACUCAGGCCAAGUGGAGAAGACUUCCGCUGGUACUUGAAGUUGAAAUGCGCCAAUUGUGGGGAAGUUUCUGACAAGUGGCAGUACAUCUCCUUGCAGGAGAGCGCCCCACUGAAGGGUGGCCGUGGCAGUGCCAGCAUGGUGCAGAAGUGUAAGCUGUGCUCACGCGAGAACUCGAUAGACAUCUUAAAGGAAUCCAUGAAGCCCUACAAUGCUGAAGACAGUGAAACCUUCAAGACCGUGGUCGUCUUUGAGUGCCGUGGGCUCCAGCCCGUGGAUUUCCAGCUGCAGGCCGGAUUCACGGCGGAAGGAGCCGACACGCGGACACAAUUUGGAGACAUCAACCUGCAAGAGAAGGACUGGAAUGAUUACGACGAGAAAGCCAAGGCAUCGGUCGGAAUCUAUGAAGUCACCCACAAGUUCGUGAAGGCCUGAGGCCAUUUCAUGGGGAAGAAAUUACGCAUUUGUUCGCGAACUUUUGAGUGUGUGCAUGUGUAUGUAUGAGCGUGUGCAUAUUGUGGGGAGCGGUGGUGCAGCGGUUAGCGCGCUGCGCUACGAACCCGGCGACCCGAGUUCGAUUCCCGCUCAUCGGUCCUGGGCCUUCCCUAGGUCGACUCAGCUUCAAAUGAAUACCUGGUGGGGUGUGUAAACAUCGUCACUAGGGAGACAAAGGCGACCGGGCGUGCUGUUGGCCACCCACCCCCUCGUGUGCUGUUGCCGGCCUUCACAGGUGCUCGCUAACAGCACUUGCCCCAACAGUCUGUUAAGGCUAUAUGGGGGAUCUUUGUCUUUUGUGCGUGCAUGUGUCGUAAGGAGCAUUGGCGCUGCCUUACGAACCCGACGCCCCGAGUUCGAUGCCCGCCUGCAGCCAACAUCGUUGACGAAUGUCUAAACCGGUUCUGGGCCUCCCCUAGGUCGAUUCAGCCUUAAAUGAGUAAUAUGGUGCAGUGUGCAAACAUCAGCACUCGGGAGACAAAGUGGCCGGGCGUGUUGCUGGCCACCCACGCCCUCGUGUGCCGUGCUCGCCCCAGCGGUUUGCGUGUGUGUGUGUGUGCAAGAGUGAUCACAUUGCUUGAUUUAUCCAUGUAGACCUUUGAGAAGAAAAAAACCCCGUAUAUUUGUAACUGCGUGGGGUUAACCAACUUCAACGAUUACGUUCAGUCCCCAUAGCAAUUGCAGUUUGAAACUGGCCAUCGGAUUUGAUCUGCCAAACGUGUAAUCUUCAUUGCCGCGUGGAAUAAAAACGUACAAAUGGGA